AUGAAUUACUCUGGGGAGGACGAGGACUUGGAUUACCAGAGUAGUUUUUCUGAAGAUGAGACCAUUGAUGACCGCGGUGUGGUGGAGAGUCCAACAUUCAAAGUGACAGAUUUAUUGACAAGUUUAGGAGAAAAAAACCAAGAUGUUGAUUAUUUGGUGACAAAGGGUAAUGAUCUAGUGAUAUUGCUACAAGAAUAUCCAUAUAUCAAAGAGGAUUUAGUUUUCAGUGCUUUUGGUCAUAGAAUUCAAACGUUAUUGGUUCAUAAUAGGAAAGAAGUUAUUGCUACAGGUUAUAGAAUUUGUAGAUAUUUUGUAUCAGAUAUUGAUUCAAUAAGGAACUUGAUGGCUUUAAGAUUAGAUGUACUGAUUAUAAUAUCAUUGGCUAAGGGAACUUCACAUGAUAUUGAAAGAGAGCAGGCUCUUAAAUUAAUAAGGAAAUUUUUGGAAAUUGAAAAUGGUGCAUCAGAAUUAACAUUAGGUAUAACAAAUGCUAUUCAGGCAAUAGCUGAACAAAUUGAUGAAAAUUUAAAGAAUAUUUGUAUUGAAACAAUGUGUGAAAUUUCAUUACUAAGACCAGAUCUUAUACGGCCAGAUUCAUUAAUUCAAUUUAUCAUUGAUGGUCCAUAUGAAUUAUCUUCAUUAUGCUCCACUGUAUUCUUAGCACAUUUAGAUUCUCCAAAUGGUAGACAUUAUAUUAAUAAAUCAGAUAUUCUGAGAAUUAUUUCACCAUUUACUGAAUUCCCAGUUAUUGUUAAAGGUAAAUUGAAUAUAAGUCAUGAAAGAUUACAAAUUAAUUCAAUUGUUUUAUCAAAAUUUAUUAAGAAUUUUGCUGGGAUUUAUGGAUUUUCAAUUGAUAAUUUUGAACCAUUGAAAAAUUUAAUCUCAUGUUUAUCAUAUCCUAUCAAUAGUGUUGUUUCAAAAUUAUUAGAUUUAUUCUUGGAUGUAUUAAUGAUUAAGAAAACUUCAACUCAUAAUAAGAAAUUUUUCAAUUUAACACCUUUAAAAUUGGAAAAUGAAUUCAUAUUAAGUACACAUUAUUUAUCAUUAUUAAUUACAAUUUUUUUAAAUUGUGGAAUUAUUGAAAGAUUAUUAGAUGUUGUUAAAAAAUCAAAUGAUGAAAGAAAUUGUACAAAAGCUGCAUUUUUACUAACUGAAAUUUUCAAUUUAUCAAAUAAUUUAGUACCUAAUGAAAUAACUGAAACCUUCAUUGGUAACAUACCAAACUUUAAACCUGAUUCAUCAAUAGAGAAUAAUGUCAGUCAACAAUUAACAAAUUUAGAUGAUAGUUAUAGUGCAAUCCAUACAAUUGAAAAAUUAUCAAGAAAAUUAAAUAAAGGUAGAGCUAAUUGGGGGUUACAAGGUAUAAAGACAACAGAAAAUUUUAUACAAUUUUCUAAAAAUUCUAAAGAUCAAUUAAAUUUAAAAAUUGAUGAUUUAAAAUUAAAACAAUUAAUUCAAGAUUCAAGAGUUUUAACAACAAAAUCAUUUACAAGAUGGAAUUGUGAUAUUUUAACAGAUUUAUUUAAAGGACCAUUUAUGAAUGGGAAAAGAUUAGAAGAAGUUAAUAAAACAACAAAAUUCAUCAAGAGAUUAUUAUCAUUUUAUAGACCUUUUAAACAUAAAUUUUCAGGAACCAAAAAGACAAGACAAUCAACAAGAUUUAUAAGAUUAGGUUGUACAAUUGUGGAAACUUUAAUUACAACAAAUGAAGGUUUAAAAAUUUUGAGUGAUGGUAAAAUUAUACCACAAAUUGCUGAAUGUUUAGCACAAGUUGAUCCUCAUAGUGGAUUUAUUGCUAAGGAUCAAAUUUUCAGUAAAGAAAGAUUAGAAUCAACAUUAACAAGUGGAUAUUUCAAGAUAUUGGGGAUUUUAUCAGCAAAUGAAUCUGGGAAUAAAUUAUUAGAACAAUGGAAAAUUUUCAGUAUAAUGCAUCAUAUAAGUGAUGAUCAUUUUAAAAGAGAUGAUUUAGUUAUAUCAUUUAUUGAUGAAAUAAAAUUUACAAAACAAGGUCAUACAAGAAUUUUAUUUUCAAAAUUUUUACAUUCUCCAAAUAAAAAAAUUAAAAUUCAUACAACUUUACAAAUUCCAAAAUUAUUAGAUGAUUCUUAUUCAAAUAAAUUUGCAUGUGAAAUGUUAAUUAAUCAAUUAUAUGAUCAUGAUGAAGAAGUUGUUACAAUAAGUAUUGAUAUUUUGAAUAAAUAUUGUGAAUCAUCAGAGAAGAAUCUUAAUCAAGUUAUUUCAUUAACACCAAGUAUACCCAUUUUGAAAAAUUUAGGUCCCAAGGGAGGGAAUGAUUUAUUAAUGAAAUUUCUAUCUACACCUGAUGGGUUUAAAUAUUUAAAUGGAUCAAAUUUUAUUAAUGAAGAGUUAGAAUCAUGGGUAUUUGGAUCAAAAUAUUUAAAAUAUGUUUUAGAAUUAGAAAAAUUAUUAUUUUCAAUUGAAGAUUCAAAUUUAGAUUAUAUUAAAACCAAAAAUCUACCAAGUAAUUUCUUUGCAGAAUUAGUUAAAUCAGAAGAAGGUUUUAAUGUUAUUUUAAGAUCUGGUGCAUUAACUGAAUUUAUGAAUGUUAUAAGAUAUUAUGCAACUACGCUAGAUAGACCUGGUGGAACUUUUAAUUUAGAAAUUGAUUAUUUGAAAACUAAAGCAUCGCUAUGGACAAUUGGAUUUAUUGGUUCAAGUUCAUUUGGUAUUGAAUCAUUAGAUGUUAAUGGAUCAAUUGAAGAUAUAGUGGAAAUUGCUAAAAAAUCUCCAUAUAUAAAUUUAAGAGGUACAGCAUUUUAUGUAUUAGGAUUAAUAUCAAAGACAAAUCAAGGUAUUGAAAUUUUGGAUGAUUUAGGAUGGAAUUCUAAAUUGGAUGUUUUCAAUCAAUCUAUUGGUAUUGCAAUGCCUAAUUCAUUAGAACAUUUUAUUUUAGAUUUCCAUGAAUCAAAUGAUUAUAAAAUUAAUAAUACAGGUAUUGAAACAAAUUUAAAUUUAUUAAUUGAUCCUUCAGAAAUUGAUGAUGAGAUAUUAAAUAAAAUUUUAAAAUUAAUUGGAGAUUUAUGUAAUCAUGUAUUAUUAAAUAGUGCAACAAAAGAAUUAACAACAUUAUCAAAAAAACAUCAAGAAUAUUUUGAAGAUCCAAAUAUUUUUUUUAAAGUUUUAAAAUAUUUUGAAAUUUUUAAAUAUAGAUAUACUAUAAGGAAAUUUGUUGUUGAUUUAUUUAUUUCAAAUGGGAGACUAUUAGAAGUUAUUUCAAAGAGAGAUAGAAGAAGAAUAAGAGAAAGAAAUGGACAUAGUACGGCAAGUGCAUGA